AUGUACCGCGCGGCCGCCAGCCUUGCCUCCAAGGCCAGGCAUGCCGGGAGCAGCGCUCGCCUGGCCUGGAGCAGGAACUAUGCUGCUAAGGACAUCAAGUUUGGUGUCCAAGCCCAGGCCUUGAUGCUGAGGGGUGUUGAAGAAUUGGCCGACGCUGUGAAAGUGACAAUGGGCCCUAAGGGAAGAACUGUUAUUAUUGAGCAAAGCUUUGGUGCACCUAAAGUUACAAAGGAUGGAGUGACCGUUGCCAAGAGCGUUGAAUUCAGUGACAGAGUAAAGAACGUUGGUGCAAGCCUUGUGAAGCAGGCCGCUAAUGCUACCAAUGAUACAGCUGGGGAUGGUACUACAUGUGCCACUGUUCUGACAAAGGCUAUAUUCAUUGAGGGUUGCAAGUCUGUAGCCGCUGGAAUGAAUGCCAUGGAUCUGAGACGUGGUAUCUCAAUGGCUGUUGAUUUUGUUGUCACGAACCUAAAAAACAUGGCAAAAAUGAUCAAUACAUCAGAGGAAAUAGCACAUGUGGGUACUAUAUCGGCUAAUGGGGAAAGGGAAAUUGGUGAGCUAAUUGCAAAGGCUAUGGAGAAGGUUGGUAAAGAGGGAGCCAUCACUAUUGCGGAUGGCAACACUCUCUACAACGAGCUUGAAGUUGUGGAAGGCAUGAAGUUAGACAAAAGUUACAUCUCUCCGUACUUUAUUACCGACCAGAAGAACCAGAAAUGUGAACUAAAUGAUCCCUUGAUAUUGAUACACGACAAAAGAGUAUCAAAUGCGCACUCCUUGGCCAAAGUGAUGGAGUUAGCUAUGAAGAAGCAAAAACCUCUGCUUAUUGUCGCAGAAGAUGUAGAAGGUGAAGCGUUGGGUACCCUGAUUCUUAACAAGCUUCGUGGAGGUGUUAAGGUCUGUGCGGUCAAAGCUCCUGGUUUUGGGGGGAGCAGGAAAACUAACUUACAGGACCUUGCUAUCCUUACUGGGGGGGAAGUUAUAACUGAAGAACUUGGGAUGAACCUUGAGAACUUUGAGCCUCAGAUGUUUGGCACUUGCAAGAAGGUUACAAUUUCUAAGGAUGACACUGUCAUCCUUGAUGGAGCUGGGGAUAAGAAGGCAAUUGAAGAGAGAGCUGAGCAUAUUGGUGGAGCAAGUGAAGUGGAAGUCAGUGAGAAGAAGAAUAGAGUGACGGAUGCACUAAAUGCAACCAAAGCUGCAGUGGAAGAGGGUAUUGUGCCAGGUGGGGGUGCUGCUCUUCUCUAUGCUUCAAAAGACCUGGAUACAUUGGAGACUGCAAACUUUGACCAAAAGAUUGGUGUCCAAAUCAUUCAAAAUGCUUUGAAGACCCCGGUGCAUACUAUUGCUUCAAAUGCUGGGGUAGAAGGGGCUGUUAUUGUUGGCAAGCUUUUGGGACAGGAGAACACUGAUCUAGGCUAUGAUGCAGCUAAAGGUAGGGUGCAAAGUUGA